GGGGUGGAGGAGGAGAAGAGGGUGAGCUGAAGUUAAAACACCGGGAUAUUUUAUUAAAGAGCCGGAGAGCUUCAGCCAGGACUACCCGCUCCAGAGCUCCACACCUCACACACUCCACACACUCCAUACACCUCACACACUCUAUACAGCUGGCAGGUCCCUGGUUGCGGCGGCAGUAUGAGUUGGAGCUUUCUGACGCGUUUAUUAGACGAGAUCUCGGACCAUUCCACCUUCGUAGGGAAGAUCUGGCUGACGCUCCUCAUCAUCUUCCGGAUUGUUCUGACGGUGGUGGGCGGCGAGACCAUCUACCACGAUGAGCAGAGUAAAUUCGUGUGUAACACAGCACAGCCUGGGUGUGAGAACGUUUGCUACGACGCCUUUGCGCCGCUCUCCCACGUCCGAUUCUGGGUCUUCCAGAUCAUCAUGAUCACCACACCCUCCAUCAUGUACCUGGGCUUCGCCAUGCAUAAGAUCGCCCGCAUGAACGACCAGGAUUACCUGCCGCGGAAACGCAAACGUGUGCCGGUGGUGCACCGGGGCGCCAACCGUGACUACGAAGAGGCGGAUGAGAUGGGCGAGGAAGUGCCCAUGAUUACUGAGGAUAUCGAGCCAUCAGAGAAGGACAAGAAGUUAGAGGCAAUGGCUCUGGACUCCAGCAGCUCGGUGAAGCAUGACGGGCGGCGGCGCAUCCAGAGAGACGGUCUGAUGAGGGUCUAUGUUCUGCAGCUUGUCUCUCGCGUUGCUUUCGAGGUGUCCUUCCUCUUUGGUCAGUACAUCCUGUACGGGUUUGAGGUGUCUCCUUCAUACGUCUGCACUCGCAGCCCCUGCCCACACACCGUGGACUGCUUCGUCUCACGACCCACGGAGAAGACCAUCUUCUUAAUCAUCAUGUACGUGGUGAGCGUGCUCUGCCUGGUGCUGACGGUGAUGGAGAUCUUUCACCUGGGUAUCGGUGGUCUGAGGGACACCUUCCGCGAUCGAGCCGCCCAAAGACGAGCCCUGAACGGCCCUCCUCGCACCACGGCCCUCUGCGGCCAGCUGGCCUCACCACCCGCGGGCUACCACCCCGCCCUGAAGAAGGACCCCUCCAGCAGGCUGAAGGGGGAGUUUCGAGACAACACCGGCGACUCCGGACGAGAAUCGCUGGGCGACGAGGCGGCCAGUCGAGACCUGGACCGUCUGAGGAGGCAUCUGAAGAUCGCACAGCAACACCUGGACCAGGCGUACCAAAACGAGGAGGGUGGAGCAUCACGCAGCAGCAGCCCGGAGUCCAACAGCACGGCGGCCGAGCAGAACCGACUCAAUCUGGCUCAGGAAAAACACGCCAGCACCCAGGAGAAAGGUGUCCACGCAUGAAGUGAGUGAACUGCUGUCGACUCGCCUCUCCAUCGAUCAAGCCGGCCUUUAACAGGAGAUGCAUAUAUAUAUAUAUAUAUAUAUAUAUAAAUCGGAGGGCAGUCAUUGACGAGAGGGAUAGUGAAGAGUGUGUGUGUGUGUGUGUGUGUGUGUGUGUGUGUUUGCGUAUGUUUGAGGAAAUAUGUGCCGGUCAGUAUUAAAGGGAGACUCCACUACUUUGCAAUGUAAAGAUAUAUUCCUAUCUAACAUGACCAGCACACCUUAACUUCUCUAAAAUACAGUUUUACAAAUAAAGAAAGAAAUAAAAUAAAAAAAUAAUAAUACAAAGACCUUUUGCUCAUUGAUAUUGAGAGGCCUAUAGAAACGAAGGUGCCUUAGGCCUUAUAUAAAAGAUUAAUAUGUUAUAUUUCUGUAUUUUUGUUCAAUUUGAGCUUUAAUACUGCAGAAAAGUCUUGUUUUCACAGAAUUCCAGUGCUUUACAGUGACAAAAUAUUUAGUGGAAUGUCCUUUUAAAGCAGAUGGAAAGAAAAGAAAGCACAAAGAUGUUGCACAAUCUGUCACAGAGGGGAAAUUAAAUGGAUAAAAAUAUUUUUCUAAUUGUCUUUCUAACUAAACUCUUUGUAAGAUGAGCGUUUGUUGCCUUAAAGCUCGUCUCAGAGCUUCCUUAGUCUUCCUCCUGAAGUCGUUCCAGCCCCAGUGAUGUAAAUACUAAUCCAGGCAGCAUCCAUAGUUUGUAUUUUUGUAGUAUUUGAUGAUGGAUAUGAUGGAUAUGGUUUUGGAAUUGACUGUAUUGAUGGGGGAGGUGAGAUUUGGAAGUUAUGUAAUAGUUUAUAAAAGUUUAUAAUAGUUUAUAAUGUCUUUUUUACCCUUUUGUGGUACUUUCACAUCUUUCGUCCCAGGUUUAAUGCUGGACCCUGACAGCAGUGCCUUGUGAUCAUACAGUGAAUACUGCAGAUAAUGAGAUAACGAGAUAAUGAGAUAAUGAGAUAAGGAGAUAAUGGAAACACUUUACAAUAAGGGUUUGCAAUAAUUAAAUACUAUUACUUACUACAGAAUUUCUCAGCUAAUUAUUAAUCUAUUAUUAAUCUAAUUAAUGUCUCAAUUCAUUAUGAUUAUUAUUAUUAUUAUUUACUAUAUUAUUAAGCAUUCAAAUUGUUAAGUAAUGUUUAGUUACUGGUAAGUAAUGUCUUAACUGGUAUUAAUUUAUUAAUUAGUGGAAAUUGUUAUUAAUGUUUAUUGCUGUGAUAUUUGUUAUUUGUGACCUGUAUUGUAAAGUAUUACCCAGAUAAUUGUGUAAUUUAAUAAUUUACAAUAAGGGUGCAUUUAAUUACCAUUACUUACUAUAGAAUAUCUCAACUAAUUAUUAAUAGACACUAAUUAAGACAUUUAUUAAUCAUUAAAAAAAAUAAUGAUGUCUCAGUUCAUUAUAAUCAUUUUUAUUUACAAUAUUAUUAAGCAUUCAAAUUGUUAAGUAAUGUUUAGUUACUAGUAAGUAAUAGUAAUUAAUGUAUAUUUAUUGUAAAUUAUUCACUUAAACAAUGACGUUCUUCAAUACGGGUCACAAAUAACAAAUAGCAUUACCUACAACAUUAAUAAAUGUUGAUAAAUAGUCAAAUAAAUCAGUUUUAACUAAUUAUUAAUUGAUACUAGUUAAGGCAAUACUUAAAUCAUCAGUUAAAUUAUUUUGCAAAAAUUAAUAAUGUCUUACAUAGUGGAGGUUAAUAAUUAGUUGAGACAUUAUUAAUCAUUACAAAAUAAUCUAACUAAUGUCUCAAUUCAUUAUUAUUUACAACAUUCUUAUGCAUUAAGUAUUUAGUAAUGUUUAGUUAUGUAAUGUUUUAACUAGUAUCUAUUAAUAAUUAGUUAAAACUGAUUAUUUGACCGUUUAUCACUGUUUAUUACUGUUGUUUUUUUAUUAUGUAGUAUUUUAUUGUAGUAAUUUUAUUUGUUAUUUGUGACCCAUAUUGUAAAAUGUAAUUGUAUAAGUAAAUCAUUUAUAAUAAGCAUACAUUAAUUACUCUUACUUACUACAGAAUGUCUCAGAUAAUUGUUAAUUCACACUAAUUAAGACAUUAUUGAUCAAUACAAAAUGAUCUAACUAAUAUCUCAAUUAAUUAUUGUUUACAACAUUCAUACAGCAUUCAUUAUUUAGUAAUGUUUAGUUAUGUCUUAACUGGUAUCAAUUAAUAAUUAGUUGAGAUAUUAAAUAUCAAUGCCAUUUUUUCAUUUGUGACCCUUAUUGUAAAGUGUUACCCAGAUGGUUAUAUAUGUGAAUAAUUAUUAUAAUAACUAAAACAGUGAGCAUUGUCCUUCUGAAUGAUGAUACUGCUAUAAAUGUGCGUCUGAAUAGAUUUAAACAUUUGCUAAAGAUGAUAAAAAAAAAAAACCUGGAAAAUGCUUGAAUAAUGCAAGUUAAAACUUUUAAUGCUGUCUAACGUUUGCAUUCCUCUGACUACAUUGAAACAGCUGUAGUGAUUUAUUGUAAUUAUGUAAUACUUUAACAUCUAUUUUUGAUUUGAUUUUUUUUUAGGUGUAAAUUAAUAAAUAGAAACUAAACAAGAAUAGAGAUGAAUAUACUGUACUUGUGCUGCUCUGAUUUGAUCUGAGUUGUGUUAAAUUAUGUAACAAUGUGCCUUAGAGUUUUUUUCUAAUCAUUGGUUGGAAGUUGUGUCAAUUAACAUAAACGAUCACUGAAUAUACUAAUGUGUUUUUUUUUUUUUCUACGUCUUUAUGUAUGGCCUUCGGUUCUGUUAGCAUUUAGUUUAGGGCUGCACGAUAUUUGGGGGAAAAACUGAGAUUGAGAUUGAACUAUAUUUUUACUACCAUAUACUAGUACAUCGCACAAAAUUGGAAUUUAUUUCAAUAACUCAGUUUAAAACGUGAAACUCGUAUAUUAUAUAGAUGUAUUACACACAGAGUGAUCUAUUUUAGGCGUGUAUUUCUAUUACUGUUGAUGAUUAUGGCUUACAGCCAAUCAAAACCCCCAAAUUUAGUGUCCCUUUUAGCAGUGUGGGCAGUGUGCCAAGUCCUGCUGGAAAAUGAAAUCCGCAUACCAAAUGAAAUGCAAAGUUUACUGAUGGUCAAUGAUAGAACAGCACUUACAGCACUUCCCAUUGCAUUUUCCAACUUAUUAUGUGGAUUUCAUUUUCCAGCAGGACUUGGCACACUGCCCACACUGCUCUAAAAGUAACAAUUGGUCUUAUAUAAUAUACAAAUUUUCUGAGACACUGAUUUUUGGGGGGUUUUCAUUGGCUGUAAGCUUCAUAAUCAUCACCAAUAAAAUAAAUAAAUGCUUAAAAUAGAUCACUCUGUGUUUAAUACAUCUAUAUAAAAUAUAAGUUUCACAUUUCAAACUAAAAUAAACUGAAAUAAAGUAACUUUUUUUUUUUUUUUUUUUUUUUUUUUGAGAUGCACUAGUAUAUAUUGUUAUAUUAAGAAAUACAUAAAUGUUCAGCAGAUUUAAACAGAAGUCAUUGUUUCUUCUGUCACAUUAAACUAAUAAUGUACCCAAUAAUGUAUCCCAGUUCAGAGUAAAAUAAAUUAUUUUGGGGAUAUAAAAUCUGCAUCUGGUCAAAUGUAAUUUAAAAAAAUAAAUAUGUGCAUUUUUUAUUCUGUUGUAUCAAACAGUAAAAUGUUAUUUUUUUUAUUUUCCUUAUAUGACACUGAAUUGUACCACUGAAAUGAUUUAUUGUGCAACCCUUGUUUGGACCGCUGUUCAUCUGUCCUUUUUUUUUUCUUCAAUUUUCAUAAAACUGGAUUUCUAAAGAAAAAAAACAACAAAAAAAAUGAUUGCAUCUAAAAAAAAAAGCUCAACUGUGUCUCAUUAUUCUAUACAGUUAUAUUAAUGUCUGUUAACUGGAUAACGGGACGGUGUGCUCUGCUGUGUGUGUUGUGUAUUUUGUAUUAUGCUUUAGUUUAUAUCAAAUACACAUCAAAACAUUCACAUUUCUGUACACUAUUACACUCUGAGUUU